UACGGAAACGCCGUGCUGACGUCACUUUCACGUCCGGGUCGCGUCUUCUCCUCAUGCUCGCAGCAGCAUGGCAGCGAAAAACAAGCACCGUAAAAAGUCCAAAGCGACCAACAAAGUGACAUUUCAACCUGCAGAUGAUGAGCCGGAGGCUGAAAACAGCGGCGGCGAGGAAGAUGAAGAUUCAGCAGCUGAUGACGGUGAGGACAGAGCGAAGAAAGAAGAAGAAGAGUUCAGUUUGGAGGAGGUUUUACGGCUGGGAGGAACACAGUCCGACUACGUCCUCCUCGCCACCCUGAAUGACUCCAACGAGCUCGUGGACGGAGGGAAGCAAGGAGCCAUAGACGACCUGGAGGAGGGCGAGCUGGAGAAAUUCAUCACCAAACUGGGCAUUCGAGCGUUUGCUGGACAGCAGGUCAUCGCAGACGAGCCUGAGGGCGAAGACGCUGCCGAGAAGGAAAGUAAAAAGGCCACAGCGAAGAAAGCAGAGGAGAAAGCGUCCAACUCUCAGCAGAAAGUUACCAACCAGCAGCAAGUAGAGGACAAGAAGAAGGAGAAGAAGAUUAAAGACGCUCAGGUCGCCGCUGGGAAAAAGGCGAAACAGAAUGCGAACGUGUUUGAGUUCCAGCAGCGGCAGAUCCUGCUGAUCAAACCCGGAGGGAAAUGGUUCGACCUGGAAUACACCACCGAGGGCUCGACGGAAACGCAGGAUCCCUCACUGGUCUCCCAGUACAAGACGCUCGCCCAGCGGCUGUUUGAGGCCGAAGUCGAGCUCUACAAGAGCAAGAAGAGUCUGCAGAAAGGAGCCAACUCCGGCUGGAUGAAGACGGUGGUCUCCUCCGGCGUGCUGGCUGACAGGAUGGCUGCCAUGACGCUCUUGAUCCAGGACGCUCCAGUGCACAUGGUGGAGCACGUGGAGAACCUGGUGUCCAUGGUGAAGAAGAAGGGCAGCCGGCGGAUGGGUCUGAUGGCUCUGGACACGCUGCGAGAGCUGCUGCUGUCUGACCUGCUGCCGGAAAACAGAAAGCUCCGUCCCUUCGCCCAGCACCCGUUCGACCAGCUGGAGGAGCGGGCCAGCGGCAACCGCGACGCCCGUGACCGCCGCCUCAUCCUCUGGUAUUUCGAGCACCAGCUGAAACACCACGUGGCUGAGUUCGUGGUUGCUCUUGACUCUGUGGCUCACGACACGGUGGCAGCCACCAAAGCGAAGGCGCUCGCCACCGCUCACGAGCUGCUGUGCAGCCGGCCGGAGCAGGAGAGGGCACUGCUCAUCCAAGUUGUCAACAAGCUGGGCGACCCCGAGUACAAGACGGCAGCCAAAGCAUCGUACCUGCUGGAGACGCUGCUGCACAAACACCCCAACAUGAAGGCGGUGGUGUGCUGCGAGGUGGAGCGGCUCAUGUUCCGGCCCAACAUCAGCCCGAAGGCGCAGUACUACGCCGUCUGCUUCCUCAGCCAGGUGAUGCUGAGCCACGACGAGACCGAGCUCGCGGCGAAGCUCAUCACCAUCUACUUCUCGUUUUUCCGCGCCUGCGUGAAGAAGAAGGACAUCGAGUCGAAGAUGCUGAGCGCUCUGCUGUCGGGCGUGAACAGGGCGUAUCCCUACGCCGGCGCCGGGGACGAGAAGGUGAAGGAGCAGCUGGACACGCUGUUCAAAGUGGUUCAUCUGGUGAAGUUCAACACAGCUGUGCAGGCGCUCAUGCUGCUGUUCCAGGUGAUGGACUCCCAGCAGAGCGUCUCUGACCGAUACUAUGUCGCUCUGUACAGGAAGUUGCUGGACCCCGGGCUGUCGUCGUCCUCCAGACAGAGCAUGUUCCUCAACCUGCUGUACAAGUCCCUGAAGGCCGACAUCGUGCUGCGGCGGGUCAAAGCCUUCGUGAAGCGUCUGCUGCAGGUCAGCGCCGAGCAGAACGCCAGCUUCGCCUGCGGAGCGCUCUUCCUGGUGUCGGAGGUCAUGAAGGCCAAACCGAGCCUCAGGAUGCUGCUGCAGGAGCAGGGGGACGGGGAGGAGGAGGAGUUCAAAGAUCUUGCUGAGGAAAAUGAUGACGAAGAUGAUGACGAAGAGGAGCGUUUUGUGGAUGCUGACAAACUGGAGGAAGGAGCGAGUGCAGAGGCACAGGAGGUCAAACCCACGGCAUCAUGGGUACAUCACCAGAACCUGGAAGGAGGGAAGAGCCGACAGAUCUACGACCCGCUGCACAGAAACCCGUUAUUCUGCGGCGCUGACCACACAACCUUAUGGGAACUACAGAGGCUCGCUCUGCACUUCCACCCGUCAGUGUCACUGUUUGCAAAAACUAUCCUGCAGGGAGACUUCAUCCAGUAUUCCGGUGACCCUCUGCAGGACUUCACCCUCAUCCGGUUCUUGGAUCGAUUCGUCUUCAGAAACCCCAAACAACUAAAGGGAAAACAAAACACAGAUGCUGCCGCUCUGAUGCCCAAACAGAGAUUACCUCUCAACUCUCUACCAGUGAACUGUGAGGAGUUUCUGUCUAAAGAAGAGAGUCAGAUCCCUGUGGAUGAAAUCUUCUUCCAUCGCUUCUUCAAGAAACGUCAGCAGGAGAAGCAGCUUCGUCGGCCGCGAACAGACGGCGAUGACGAGAGCGUGGAGGACGUGGACGAUGACGAGUUUGAGAAAAUACUCGAUUCCUGUGAGGGAGACUCGUACUUCACUGAUUUGGCAGAUGAUGAUCUGGACUUUGCAGGUAAUGUGAAGAGUAAAAAAGGUAAGAAAGACGCGGAGGACUCAGACUCGGACGACUCGGACAUGGACGACCUGGACGAUGAGGAGGUGUCUCUGGGCAGCAUGGACGAGGAAGACUUCGGAGAUGAGCUGGAAGAUGAAGGAGGGACGUUCAUGGACCUUGACGGGGGCGGAGAUGAUGAUGAUGAGAUUCCAGAGCUGGAGGAUGACGAUGCUGCGUUUGGUGCAGAUUCAGAUGAAGAGAUGGAAGCUCCAGAUAUCACUCCUCGUACCAAGAAGGGGAAGAGAAAAUCCUCAGAGGAGCUCGACUUCUCUGGAUCUUUAGGUUCAAAACAGACGAAGAAGAAGAAGAAGAAAGGAAACAAAGAUGCAGCCGUGUUUGCUUCUGCUGAGGAGUUUGGUUCCCUGCUGGAUGAGAACGCCGGCUCUAAGUUCGACAACAUCGGACUGAACGCCAUGAACAACAGAGACAAAGCAGGCCUGAAGCAGAUCAAGUGGGAGUCUCAGCGUGACGACUGGAUCCAAGACCGCGACGUUAAGACGCUGCGCAGGAAGAAGACCAUGUUCAACAAGAAGAAGAUGUUGGGGCGAGCCAGGACAGGAAGCAAGAUGUUCGGGAACAAGAAGAAGAAGAAGAAGAAGAAGUAGCUGCUGUGUGUUGUUGUGGACUGUAACUGACGGACACCUUCACUCCUGUUUGGCCGCCCAGGCUUCGUGGUCUCUCUCUCGGAUGCCGUAGGCGCCCGCCCACUCGUUGGACUGGUAGUAAACUGGGAGGAAACAGAGCAGAAACUGGUUUUCAGAUCCAGUCAGCUGAUGAAAACUUAAUGGGAUCAAAUGACGACAUGAUCUGAAGAGAAGCCAUGUUUAGGUUUUUUUUGUAAAAUUAAAAAGACUUUGGUAUACAGGACAUUAUGUUGCUAUGGUAACACGUUUUUGUCUGCAAUUGAACACAGAAGCAACAGAUUUUCUUGAAUCUGCUUUAACUCUGUAAUAUUAUUCAUACUGCUUCUGUGUUAUGAAGGUAAAUAUAUCAACAGAAAUUAAAGUUGUUGUUUUCUGA